CCCGCGCGCGGACCGCUCCACAGCCUCGUUCUGGCCCGAGUCGCGCCCCCGCACGGAGUCGGCGCGUCAGUCGGUCCCGAGCGCGACUGCGGGGCGGCGGGCUGCACAUAGCCGGGCGCGCGGCCCGGGGGAGGCGACGGUGUCGCGGGAGGAGCAUCGGAGCCCGGAGACUCGAAGAACGCCAUGGCCCCCAUUGGCCUCAAGGCGGUGGUCGGAGAGAAGAUCAUGCAUGAUGUGAUCAAGAAGGUGAAGAAGAAGGGCGAGUGGAAGGUGCUGGUGGUGGACCAGUUAAGCAUGAGGAUGCUGUCCUCCUGCUGCAAGAUGACAGACAUCAUGACCGAGGGGAUCACAAUUGUGGAGGACAUCAACAAGCGACGAGAGCCGCUCCCCAGCCUAGAGGCCGUGUACCUCAUCACCCCGUCCGAGAAGUCUGUCCACUCUCUCAUCAGUGAUUUUAAGGACCCACCAACUGCUAAAUAUCGGGCUGCGCAUGUGUUCUUCACAGACUCAUGUCCAGAUGCCCUGUUUAACGAGCUGGUAAAAUCCCGAGCAGCCAAAGUCAUCAAGACUCUGACAGAAAUCAACAUUGCGUUUCUCCCCUAUGAGUCCCAGGUGUAUUCCCUGGAUUCCGCUGACUCUUUCCAAAGCUUCUACAGCCCUCACAAGGCUCAGAUGAAGAAUCCUAUACUGGAACGCCUAGCAGAGCAGAUUGCAACCCUGUGUGCCACCCUGAAGGAGUACCCAGCUGUGCGGUAUCGGGGGGAGUACAAGGACAAUGCCUUGCUGGCUCAGCUGAUCCAGGACAAGCUGGACGCUUAUAAAGCUGAUGACCCAACAAUGGGGGAGGGUCCUGACAAGGCACGGUCCCAGCUCCUGAUCCUGGAUCGUGGCUUUGACCCCAGCUCCCCUGUGCUUCAUGAACUGACUUUUCAGGCUAUGAGUUAUGACCUGCUGCCUAUCGAAAAUGACGUUUACAAGUAUGAAACCAGUGGCAUUGGAGAGGCACGGGUGAAGGAGGUGCUUCUGGAUGAGGACGAUGACCUGUGGAUUGCACUGCGACACAAGCACAUCGCAGAGGUGUCCCAGGAAGUCACUCGGUCUCUGAAGGACUUUUCCUCUAGCAAGAGGAUGAAUACUGGAGAGAAGACCACCAUGCGGGACCUGUCCCAGAUGCUAAAGAAAAUGCCCCAGUACCAGAAAGAACUCAGCAAGUACUCGACUCACCUGCACCUUGCUGAAGACUGUAUGAAGCAUUACCAAGGCACCGUAGACAAGCUCUGCCGAGUGGAGCAGGACCUGGCAAUGGGCACAGAUGCAGAGGGGGAAAAAAUCAAGGACCCCAUGAGAGCCAUUGUCCCCAUCCUGCUGGAUGCAAACGUCAGCACUUAUGACAAAAUCCGCAUCAUCCUUCUCUACAUCUUCCUGAAGAACGGUAUCACUGAGGAAAACCUAAACAAACUCAUCCAGCAUGCCCAGAUCCCCCCAGAGGACAGUGAGAUCAUCACCAACAUGGCUCACCUUGGCGUGCCCAUCGUCACAGAUUCCACACUACGCCGCCGAAGCAAGCCAGAGCGGAAGGAGCGCAUCAGUGAGCAGACCUACCAGCUCUCACGAUGGACCCCAAUCAUUAAAGACAUUAUGGAGGACACUAUUGAAGACAAACUGGAUACAAAGCACUACCCGUACAUCUCUACCCGCUCCUCCGCAUCCUUCAGCACCACUGCUGUGAGCGCCCGCUAUGGACAUUGGCACAAGAAUAAGGCCCCCGGGGAGUACCGCAGCGGUCCCCGCCUCAUUAUUUUCAUCCUCGGGGGUGUGAGCCUGAAUGAGAUGCGCUGUGCUUACGAAGUGACCCAGGCCAAUGGCAAGUGGGAGGUGCUGAUAGGUUCUACUCACAUUCUCACUCCCACCAAAUUCCUCAUGGACCUGAGACACCCCGACUUCAGGGAGUCCUCUAGGGUAUCUUUUGAGGAUCAGGCUCCAACAAUGGAGUGAGAGCCAAAGAGACAAAGAUCCACGCACAUUCUCACCCCACAGAAACUGCUGGACACGCUCAAGAAGCUGAAUAAAACAGACGAAGAAACAAGCAGUUAAAAAUAAGCUGCCCUCCAAAACCCUGGCUCCCUUCCUACACUGCUCUGCAGCUCCCCAGUGUGACACCUUGGUUACUCUGAUGCCUCCCCAGCCCUGCACGCCCUGGCCACCCCGUUGCCGCGCUGAGUUCUUCUCCUGUGCAAUGACACCCCAUCUUGUUCUCUGAAAAGCAAGAGAGUAACGCAUUGUUUUUAAAAUUGAGUAUCUUCUGUACGUAUCCCACAGUAAGUUCACAUGCAAGAUCCACACGCAAGCGUCAGAACUCUGGACUCUCCCCUAUUUAUGACCCCGUGACCUGUAUAUAGCCCUGUACCACGUGUGCAUAUUGCUUGAAUAUGGAAAGGUAGACGCGUGGGUGUUUCUCAAAGCUUGUUUGGGCUCAUCUCUGUUAUUGUUGGGAAUCAUAAGUUGUCUGUCCCCGAGAAAUGACAUGCUGAGGAAGUGAUGUUUUUCUCUCUAGCCCCUGCACACUCCCUGUUCUCAUGCACAGAAGCUGAGAAGCAGUGAGCAGACACCUCUGGAGGCUGGCUUGGAAUGAACCUCCUCUAUGCAGCUGUGGGUGUGCACUUAGGGUGUCCACAGGAAGCCAGUCUGAGUGCCAGCCAGUGUGAUCUCCAGAGCCUGACGCUGCUUUCCCUGACUUGCGUCCACAGUGUUGUAACAAGUUAAGUCCUCCGGGCUCAAUCAGCAUGCCUAGCACCCUCCAGUCCUCAAGAGUUCGGUAUGACCAGCCCCCUUCCUUCCCAGGGCUUCACCUGAACACAGCCUGGAUAGAGGUCAAGGGUCAGGAGUGAACUGGAAGAUGUGAGUUUGGCACUCUGGUCAAAGGGUGCUUUGCUAUAGAAGCUAGGCCUGAGGAAUGGGGGCCCUGCUGCUCAGUCAGAGUAUCCUCCGUUUAAGAUACUUCAUCAACCUUCACUUUGUGUAGUGUACCGUCAUGUGUCAUUGUGCUUGUAUGAAACAAUCAGUUUACUCUUUGUAUUAAAGUCAUCACUGUAUAAAACAUAGCUAGCUAUAAAGCAGAAAUUCCAGAAGCAGAUGCUAGGAUGGUCUCCAUCCUCGGGAUGCAGCAGCUCCCUGAGUAUGCCGCUCACCCUGCUGUUGUAGUGGUGAAACAAAGACAGUGGAAGUCACAAAAAUGUCCCCAGCCCAGCCCCCGCCCCUCCCUCCCGCAGACUUGUAUUACUGUGUCUCGUGCUGUCUUCACAAAUGUGGUGUACGCCUGCCGCAGGCGUCCUGUGCCCGCAGGCGUCCUGUGCCCGCAGGCGUCCUGUGCCCGCCUGCCUCCCUUCCUAGUUCUAGAGUCUCUCUCCUUAGUUCUCAGGCCCUCCCCUGCCCCUCUCCAGUGGCCCCUUUCCCUUAGGACUGAACCGUAGUAGCACCGGUUGAUUUCUUCUGUAGCCGCUGCUUUCAUCCCUUCCCUUGGUCAAGCAAUGCUCAUGCUUCAGGACCUUGUUUGUCGAACAUGUGGGUUUCCUUUAUGUUAUUUAUAUAAAUAAUUUCUCAAAUGGAUAUUUAAAAAAAAAGCUAGUCUGUCUUGAAACUUGUUAACUUGAAACUCUUGAAUCUCAGUGUUGAAAGUACGGAAGCACAACCGUGUACCGCCCUGUACCGCCCUGUACCGCCCUGUACUGUCCUGUACUGCAGCAUUUGAGUCUAAUAAAGACGUCAGCUCUCACCCAUGGUC